AUGUCAAACGCACUGAAAGAAUUGAAUUUUAAGCUCUUAGUUGAGAUCACUGUGCUUAGAAAGGAGAAUGCAGUGGUUAAAGCUGAGAACACCAAGGUUAAGGCCGAAAAUACAAAGUCAAAACAAGCUAUGGAAGAGAAUUUGAACAGAUUCAUGAAAUUGGAGCGGAAUGAUAAAGAAAAGACUGGUCUUAUUGCUAAACUAAAUGAUGAUAUCAAGGAAAUCAAACAAUCUUCGGUUAAGAGUGCUCCUUAUGAAACGAAUUUUGAUGAUACUCCUGAACGGAUAGAAAAUAAGAAGGAAAUUAAUGAAUUUUUAGAAUUAUGGGAUAAUGAAAGGGUCAGUAAUAUGGCAAGAGAAAGAAAUAAGGAAAAGAAGAUUUGCACAUAUCAACAAUCGAUGCAAAAAAUAUCUUCCUCUUCUAAUAUACAAAAUGAUAUUUCUCCUGAAAUGAAUCCCACGAUCAAAAUUAUCCAUGACCAUAAUACAAUCCAAUUAGAACCAAGGCCUACCGAUCAAGCACAAAGCAUCAUUUCUUCCGAAAUAAAAAUUCCAUACAAUAAAAGAGUAGAGCGAGGCUUAAGUCAUGAUUUAUCUGUAUUCAAAGCAAAUAAUGAUAAAAUUAAUAAUGUAUUUGAUAUACAAAUUCCUGAAUUCUUGUUAGAAUUAGACAAAAAGAGAUUCUAUGUUGGUAUUGUUACUAUAAAGUAUAUACGGAUCGAAGACAUUAAACGUGUAAAUAAAAUUGAUGAAUCAGCAAGAACAUUGGUAUACGAUGAGAUUAAAACAUUUCUCCAGGAUAUCACUGAUAUAAACUUGCAGAAAACAUUCAGAGCAUAA